UUAGGUCUAUGGCCCUCAUUUGAAGCCCUGAUCAGUUCACAAUUGCUUCAGACCAGAGCCGGCACACUUUUCAGCGCGUUCCAAGUGUUACACUAAACUUUAAAUGCGAGGAAAUUUAAAUGUAGAGGUCUAAAAGUGGCAGGAUUAUCCAUUGCAAAACGCAGCAGCUUUUCUUUGGUCUUUUUUUGGCAAAGUAAAAAAACUGGUCAUAAUUACAGAGAGUUACAGAAAGCUACUUAGCUCUCUUAUUCAGCUGGAACCUAAUCAAAAGGCUGCAGUUUUAAGAUGUAAUUACUGAGUGCUGUAAAAUGCUUCUGUGAAUAAUGGUAUUGUAUUGUUUUACUAUGCUGUUUAGAAUGACUUUCAUAACAUCACAUUUACAACGUUUAUAAUAAUUGUGUCUUGAGCUGAUUUUAUAUUGUAGGCCUACUAUUCGAAUAAUUGACUUCAUGAAUUUUUUUAUCAUCGUAUCGGUUAUAAUUUAGAUAAGAUGAGUGGGGUUAAUCACCCAUUCAGUUCUUCGUGUUGUAAGCAUAUGAAGGCACAGUGGCCUCAGGAGCCACAUACUAUGAUAUAGGGGCCACCUUGUGGCAAACUCAGUCCAGCUGCCAGAUUACCAUGGCACGGAAAGUAGGGCUCAAAUGAACAAGCUACAUUUGAGGCAAUAAAAAAAAAGCGCGCAUCAGAGUGGAUUAUGACCAUUUCGGAAGUUUUUUCCCCCCUGUGGUAAUAAAUAGGGAUGUCUCUGUGUAUGUGUAGCCUAUCGGAUUCUGGGAUGCGGAAUACGCAUCCAAAUGAAAAGAACGCCAGUCGUUCCGUUAAUCCUCGUCUAUCCUUUUUAUCUGUGGACUCGAAGCGGUCAGAUCACUAUGGGACAGCGGAGCGGUGGUACAAAGCCAUGCGGGUGAUAUUCCGGUCGAUGAGACAAAACCAAACCGUCUGAGAGACUUCAGUGGGCGCGCGAGGGGGACGCAUGUAGGGCAGGUGUGUGUGUGUGGUGUGUGUGUGUGUGUGUGUGUGUAUGUUUAUGUAACGCGCGCGCCAAAAUGUUCCUCUUCCUGGUGCUGGGGCUCCACCUGGCCACAGGUGCGCUUCUCCCCUCGGUGGGCGCGUGUCCGUCCCAGUGCAGCUGUUUUUACCACAACCUGAGUGACGGGUCUAAAGCAAGGAGCGUCAUCUGCAACGACCAGGACAUCUCCCUCGUGCCUGUCGGCUUCCCCGCCGACACCUCCAAACUGCGCAUCGAGAAAACGGCCAUUCAGAUCAUCCCGGGCGAAGCCUUUAACUACCUCUCCAGCCUGGAGUUCCUGUGGAUGUCCUUCAACGCGCUGUCCAGCCUAAGCCCGGACAGCUUCCGCGGCCUGCUCACCCUGGAGGAGCUGCGGCUGGACGGGAACGCGCUCAUCGCGUUCCCCUGGGAGACCCUCAUGGACAUGCCCAGCCUCAGACUGCUGGAUUUGCACAACAACCAGCUGAGCUUUCUGCCGGUGGAGGCCAACCUGUACAUGAGGAACCUCACCUACCUGGACCUGUCCAGCAACAGCCUGCAGACCCUGCCUGCUGAGCUGCUGGCCUCCUGGCUCUCCGUCAAACCGGCGCAAGGGCCCGAGAGCUCCAAACUAAUACUAGGUCUCCAUGACAACCCUUGGGUGUGCGACUGCCGGAUUUACGACUUGGUCCAGUUUCAGAAGUCGCCGACUCUCUCGGUGGCGUUCAUAGACACCCGACUGCGAUGCUCGGCUCCGGAGAGCGAGUCCGGGAUUCUGUUCAGCGACGUGGAGUUGCGCCGGUGCCAGCUCCCUCGCAUCCACACCGCGGUGGCGCGCGUCCGGAGCGCAGUGGGGAACAACGUGCUGCUGCGCUGCGGCACCAUCGGAGUGCCCAUCCCAGACCUCACGUGGCGCAGGGCGGACGGCAAGUUGAUCAACGGAACCGUCCAGCAGGAGAUCUCCCAGGAGGGCAUCACCUGGUCCAUCCUCAGCGUGCCGGCCGUGUCCUACCGGGACUCGGGGAAGUACGUCUGCAAGGCCGUCAACUACGCCGGUGAGGCCGAGGCCGUGAUCUCCCUCAUGGUGUCCAACGGCCCCAAGGCGGACGGCAAUCAGACCGGCGCCGACCGCAAACCCAAGGCCAAGAAACCCAACCCGAUGGGCAAGGCCGCCUACCAGGAGAAACUGGUGGCCCGGUACGCACUCCCGGCCACCACCACCACCCCCCGCCCUCCGGCCCCGGAGCCCGCCGCCCCGCUGGCCCCCGACCGGGGCGCGGCCGUGGCCGCCGCCGCCGGGCCGUCGGACGGCUCGGACGGCGGUCCACCGGGCGGCGGCCCCGCCACGUCCUCGGCCCAGGACGGCCUGCUGGACCUGGAGAAGACCAACCUCAGCAACCUGGCGGCCAACACCUCGUCCCUGCAGCAGGACCCCGACCGGGUGGUGCGCUCGGUGAAGGUGGUGGGCGACACGGACAACACCAUCGCCCUGAACUGGAGGGCGCCCAAGGCCAAGAACACCACGGCCUUCAGCGUGCUGUACGCCGUGUUUGGGGAGCGCGACAUGAGGAAGAUCAACGUGGGGGCCGGGCAGAACCGGGUCACCAUCGAGGGGCUGGUGCCCCGCACCAAGUACAUCGCCUGCGUGUGCGUCCGGGGGCUCAUCCCCAAGAAGGAGCAGUGCGUGAUCUUCUCCACCGACGAGGCGGCGAGCGCCACGGGCACCCAGAAGCUGAUCAACGUCAUCGUGAUCACGGUGGCGUGCAUCAUCGCCGUGCCGCUCACCGUCAUCGUGUGCUGCGGCGCGCUCAAGCGCCGCAUCCAGAAGUACUGGGGCAAGAAGUCCAAGGACAUCCAGGACUCCUACGUGACUUUCGAGACGCUGUCGCCCGCCACCAAGGCCAAGGGCCAGGAGGGCGAGUACCUGACCCGGCUCAACCCGGAGGAGUCCAACCGGCUGCUGUCCGCCCGCUCCAGCCUGGACUCGGAGGCCACGGCCAAGAUCGAGGGCCAGCCCAACGAGUACUUCUGCUGACGUCAUGCUCCAGCUUCAGCCCUCCCCGCCGCCGCCGUGCGCCACCUGCCCGGCGCCCACCUGCACCGCCAUCCGCCUCCGCCCCAUCAGCAUCGCCACCCUCAACAGAACCCGCACGCUCACACGCCGCACGCCGCCCCCCCUCCUCCGCCGGACCCCUCGCCCCUGCGGCACCCACCGGGUCCCUCCCAUCCCCAUCGUCAACAGAACCGAGAUGCCCACCGUCGUCCUCCUCCGUCGCGGGACCCUUCGCCUCAGCAGCCCCCUCCCACCCAUCCUCAUCGUCAACAGGACCGAGACGCACCCCACCAACCUCCUUCCCGGGACCCUUCGCCUCAACAGCGGCACCAUCACCCCCAACACUACCUCCCCGCCGCCCCCCGCCAUCGUGCGGAGGGCAGCCACCCCCCCACCCGCUCACACACCCCGCAGCCCUGGGAUUCCCCUCCGACGCCGGUGGCCCCCCGCUGGGUGAUGCCGCCGACGCCUCCGCGCCCGCAGCACGUCAACUUCUGCCGGAGGACGUUCGCACGGUGCACCAUCAUGGAGAUAUCGGUUUAGAGGGGGGGACUUUGGAGGAUUUCAUUCGCUUUACUCACUUCCCUGGUUUAGAGGUGACGCGUGCACAGGUGACAUCCAACUCAAUAAUAUAAAGGCUGGAGCUCAUGACCACACUGAGUGUCAUGAAUCUAUUCGGAAGCAACUACUGUUUAUUUUUUUUAAGUGUACAGCAUAUUAUUUAUACAACCAAAGCCUGCUAAAGAAACUCAUUAAAAGGAUAAAGAAUCUGAGAAUCUUGGAAAUCGUUUAUAUAUUUCCGAUCAUUUUACGCGCAACCCACAAAGACACCUCCACCAAACUGACCCCACGUGAAAGGGGAACGCGACCGCUGUGGGGAAUUCCAUUGUUUGUGUACCUGUGUGAUGCUGUAAAUACACCCCCUGAUUAUUUACACUUGCAUAUUCUUUACCUCUGUAUAUAUAUACAGUAUAUAUAUCCAUCAAGUGGUCUCGGAGGAGAAGACACACACACCGAGCGAGGAGUGGUUCAACACAUACACAAACACACACCACAGGAAGCAGUGGCAAAGCUGAAGCUGGAGAGAUAUGAGCAGAAAGGACUGAGCGAGACUCUGUGUAAAUAGGUGGCAAUGGACAGGCGAGGUUGGACGAGAAACACUCGCGUUUCGUACCAUAUCUCUGGAUACGCUCCCCUGUUUUGUGCCAUGCCCCAUAUAAAUAUAGAUCUAUUUAUCCCCAAGUAUGUUUAUUUGAAUGGAUUGAAAUAAACUUUUAUAUUUAGA